AUGGGCGAACAUCAUGAAAUAAGAGGCGAUCGAAAUUUUUCAAGCUUCGCACUCACGAGCGGCAUUGAUUGGAGUAUUUUUAAGGACGGCGAAGAGGACGCUUUUGGCUGGUUGCUGCGUAAUAAUUCGCCUGGAUUCGGCAUUGUAAGCGCAGGGGCAGCUGAAAGUAAUACAGAAACGCUGGAUAUUAUGCUUUUUGACGACGUCGAAAUGGAUCGAAUGAUGGCGUCGGCGCUGGCUCCUCAGCAGCAAUUAGCCAAAGACCAGCUAGUUGGUGUAGACACUGCUACAACGGCGGCUGGGGGGCCAAGUGUCUCUGAGGAUUCGGAAUUUGUGCAGUCCAAUGUGCGAGCGUUGGUGACGCAGAUUUACGAUGGCUCACGUACUUCAUCCUUGAGGCCAAUCGCAAAUCUGAUCUCGACACAGUCUGACGUGGCCCCCGGUAAUCAUGACAACUUGAAUAUUGGUGGAAGCGACAAAGAUAUUGAAAAUGAUCCAAACGAGAAAAUGCAAAUUAAGGAGCAUUCGGAUAACAUUCUUACAUUUUCCAAGUUGGAAAGGCCUAUUCAUAAUAAAAAGCGAGGGGGCAGUGUUGCGACGUUGGAAGAACAGUUUUUACCUAGCAUGCGAAGUACAAGGUGCAAGGUCAAAUCAAACUCUUUGCAUGCUACAAAAAGCAAGCGAACACUUAAACGGCAUAAAUGCAAACAAGCUUUAUCCCUAACGGCAGAUUCUGACCCCGAUAAUGAUACAGAAAAGAAACAGCUACGUCGAGUUAAGAACCUUGUUUCGGUAAGAGAGUUUCGCAAGCGCAAGAUGAAGCAGCAAGAGCAAAAUGAGGUUCGCCUACGUCGACUGGAAGCUGAAAACAUGGAUUUAAAGAUGCGCUUGAAAAUUGGCAAGGAGGCUAUUCUAAGCGAGCAGCGUGAGAAGCAGCAGAUUAAGGAGCAGAUGCGAGAAAUGCUCCAGCGAAAUGCGAAUGAACACGAGAUCGCUCAGUUUCUUAAUAUGUACAAGGUAACAUACUCGGACUAUGGACCAAAACGACGCGAAAAGCUGCGCUUUCAUUUAUCGCGUAUUCGAGAAUUACUUCUUCCGACUCAAGUCACAAAGUUAAGUUUGUACUCCGUGGAACAAGGCGUAGAUAUGCUAAAGCGUGAUCAUGAUAUAAAGAUUGAUCCAUUAUCUGCGCCUGAAUCGGCUACAGCUACAAAGAGUCUUUGGGGCAUAUUGGCAGACGAGUUGAAGGUGUCAGACGAUCAGCAACGGCAAAUUUUAAAGCGCCGAACUGCAAUUAAAAACGUGCGUGACGACCUAAACCACACAUUGAGCAUCGUAAAGAAACUGGAAGACGUGGCUGAUGAAAAGAAUACAGCGUUAGAGGCUCAGGUGGCGCAGCUGCAACAGAUCCUGACACCCUCUCAGGCUACCAAAUUUAUCAUCUGGGUCAAAGAAAACCCAGCCUUUAUGUACAUGCUGGACAAACUAGUGGACUCUACCUUGCAAAAUAGCUUGUAUAGCGCUGAAAAGUAA